UAACUAAUCAUGUAUAUAUUACACAGGUUCGUGUGAGACACAUGGUUGAAAAGCCAAUAGAGGAUAGAUAUCCGCAGUGGGAAGAUAAUAAAUUACAUACUGAGCUGGAUAACUUGAUUCAGGACAUCCUCAAAGGUCAGCUUGAUGAAAAGUAUUGGGAAGUAAUGCCUGCUACGAAAUCGACAAAGAGAAAAAGUCACGUGAACCCACCUUGUGUUCUAGAUACCAUGGAUGUGGGUCCUUCUACUAAGCGAAAGAAGGACACAGAACAUGUCAAUGGUUGCCACACAUCAGAAACGGUUGUAGCUCACAACAUCGCCAUACUUGGGUUGGUUGAGUCGGUGAAGAACCUGACUGCAAAAAUCGAUGGAAUAGAUGUUUUUGUAGCUGACAAGGUUAGCGAGAAACUGGACGCAACCAUACAAGCUAAAGUGGAUGCUAAGGUGGGUUUAUAUAAGGAUGAGGUAAUGAUGAAGAUUGCCAUGUUGGUGGAAGACGUAAAGAAUCUUAAAGAGAAGGCUGGUGUCAACAUUCCUAUCGAUGUAGCUAACUCCAAUGAUCACAACUCCAUUGUGCCAGAAGAGGAUGAUGCUUCUAGCAAUGAGUUGUCAUGGAUGCUUCAGAAGAAGAUAAAUUCACAAGAUGGUUUACCAAUCGAAUGUGUUGUUAAAAAGGAGAAAAAGAAGACGAUGGUGAAGCAGGAGCGUAAGACCACUGAUGUGAAAAAUAAAGGGAAGAAAGCUGAAGUGCCAGUGAAGAAAGUGAAGAAGGAGAAAGCAUUUGUCAUCCCAAAACUAAAUGACAAAUCUAUUUCUUCAGGAGAUUGGAAGAAUCAUUUGGAGUGGGAAAAGAGUGAUAAGUGUAGACAAGUGAUGCAAGAACUUGCUUCAACUUUGGAGAAGGUAAAGCUCAAACGAAAACCCCACUUGACAAAGACUCAAGUAUGGCCGUUUGUAGGGAACUCAACUGUCAAGCGUAUAAUCACUGGCGUCACUCCAUCUACGGUGUCGUACGACCCAUUUGCUAAAGUUGAGUCACAGAAAUUGGUGAAAGUUAUGGACUUUAUUAAGCGAGAUUUGUAAGUGUCUUCUCUUGCCUCUAAUAUUCUCUUCCAUCCUAUUUCUUCUUAUAUAUAUGGUGCUUGAAUGCUCUGUUUUAGGGAACAAGAGGAAUCUGGAUAUGGUGAGUUUUGCGCUCAGUUUUACUUAAAGAUAAUGGUGCCAAGAGAUGAGUGGCCAACAGAUAAGUACGGCUGGCUGUCUGACUCGCACAUUGCCGCAGCGAUGCUCAUGUUUCACAGACGUUCCAUGCAAUCCAUAUCUCCAUAUUCUUCAUCUCGAGUUGCAUUUCUAGAUCGGUGGUUCGUGAAGUCAUGGGUUAAUGACUUCGAAAAACAGGACAAGAAGAAGAUUGAGGUGUCAGAUAUGUACAUCAAGGCUUUCAAUGGAGAAUAUCCGGAACAGUUUGUGACCGGAAAGAAAUGGUAUGAAGAUGUCGACACCUUGUUCCUCUGCCACCAUGUUAACGGAGACCAUUGGGUUGCUCUACGCAUUGAUUUACGGAAGUCGACAAUCCAUGUAUAUGAUAGUAUUCCGAGUGUGGUGAAGGAACAUAAGGAUCUGACGGAGGAGUGCAGACCGUUCAUGAAAAUGAUUCCACUGGUGCUUAACAAGAUGCUGCCUCCAAAUUCGGGAAGGAAGAAGACUGAGCAGCAGUUCGCCUUACGUAGGCACAAGGAUGCCCCCCGGAACGAUGACCCAGGAGAUUGUGGUGUGUACUCUUUGAAGUACAUUGAAUGUCUUGCUAUUGGAUGUACUUUUCAGGGCUUGAGUGAUACGAUCAUACCGGAACAAAGAAUGAAGUUGGCAGCAGAGAUCUAUGAAGAGGUGGCCGAGGUUGAUGCAGAAGCAUGAUUUACUGGUUGCUUUGACCAAUUAUAAUGUUGUAGGACGUGUAUCAUGGUUUUUUAUUUUAGUACUUGGAGUAGUAGAUUUAACUUGGAUGGUUUUAUUUAAAUACUCUUUAGUAGUAUGAUUUGGUGGUUGCUUAGAUCAAUUA